UUAAAUAUAUUUCAAUCAGUUCAUCAUUAUUAUUAGACAAAUACUUUAUUCAUUUUGAGGCAAAAAUCUUAAUAUUUUCCAGAAAAUUACAAUAAAAAUCUAAAAUCAUACAAAAAUUGAAUAUUUUAACUUUUUCUUUGAUAAAACUACUGAUUUUAGUUUUGUUGUUUCACCAUACACACGAACUAAGUAAUUAUACAAGAUCAAUAUAAACAAACACAGAAGAAAGCAGAGAGGGAGAUUUCAAUGAACUUUAUUUCUUGAAUAACCAAUUGGUUAACAAAUGAUAGAAUAACUUGACUAUAACUACAACAGGUAAAAAUGAAUUUUUUUAGUGAAAUACAUAUUGUUUUACUGGAAAUAAUUAUUACAAAUAUUAUCAUUGCCUAUACAAAAGAUGAAUUUAGUCAGAAUUCUGAAAAACAUAUAUCUAUUACUAUUAGCGAUUUGAAUAAACUAGUCAGAGAGUAUCCUGCAUUUUUAAAGUUGACAUUACAAAAACAAGAAUAUUACACAGGAAAAGAUGUAUCUCGUUGUCCUAUGCAUUACAAUGAAAAUACUAUAUUAGAUUAUCCUGAUCUUGCGCAGUCUAAAAAUUUCAACCAUAUAGAACAUACAAACCCCUGGACAUGGACUCAAAAUAAUGAAACAGAUGUUCCUGUACCCAUUGACAAUACCAUUGGUCAAAAGUUAGGAAGUAUCAUUAAACCAUGUAUAAAAAACAAUUUCAAUAUUAUCCAAUGUUAUACUCAAUAUCUGAAUGUUAUCGAAAGCGUUGGUAUAACAUUAGUAGACAGAUUUUGUUUGUUUGAACUUGAAGUUUGGAGUAUGCUUGAUAAAUUGGAAGCUAGUGUAGAUUAUAAAGAAAAUUUUAGUUUAUUUAACAUAACACUUAAUACUGAAUUUUUAACCUUAAUUAUAGAUGUAUUUAAAAUUCUUUUAAAUAAUAUUUCUUUUGCGUUUAAACGUUAUGACAUUUCGACUCUACCUCUUGACUGUGUUUCAAAUGUUAUGGGGAUGUUUUCUACUGAAGGUGAUGAAUUUCAAGAAAAUUUUUUAAAAUGCCGGGAGUUAAUGAAGUCAAAAAGAAAUUAUGCUAUUUUAGAUAAUGAUCAAUACUGGGAGUGGAAUAUUACUUCUGAUUGCAAACCUGAUAACGGAUUAUUAUGUCUCGAACAACAUAAAAAUAAUGAUAUAGGAUUAAAUCUAUUUGCAUUCAACGAAUAUAAUUAAUUUUUUAAGUAAUAAUUUCUUUUGUUUAAUAGCUAAUUUUUUAUGUCAUAUUUACUUUUAUUCAACUGUAUUGAUUAUUUUUGUGAAAUAUAAAUGAAUUUAAUUUUGUA